AACAAAGACUCAAACAAACAACAUCAAACCUUGGUAUUGGCUUGACAAACAAGAAACAAAUUCGGUAAUCUAUGUGUCUUUUGGAUCAACUACUACCUUGUCUAAUAAAGAAAUCGAAGAGCUCGCCAUCGGGUUAGAGAAAAGCAUGCAAAAGUUCAUUUGGGUUCUCAGAGAUGCUGACAAAGGAGAUGUUUUUGCAGGUGAAGAAAGGAGAGCUCAGCUGCCAGAAGGUUAUGAAGAAAGAAUAAAAGGAAGAGGAAUUAUUGAAAGAGAUUGGGCACCUCAGUUGGAAAUUUUGGCACAUCCUUCCACAGGUGGUUUUAUGAGUCAUUGCGGAUGGAAUUCGUGCAUGGAAAGCAUUUCCAUGGGAGUUCCUAUAGCAGCCUGGCCAAUGCAUUCAGAUCAACCAAGGAAUUCGCAGCUGGUAACAAAGGUCCUGAAAACUGGCCUAACUGUGAGGCAUUGGGAACAUUGGGAUGAAUUGGUUGCAUCAGAAAUAGUUGAAAAUGCUGUGAGAACUUUGAUGGCUUCACCUGAGGGAGAUGAGAUGAGGAAGAGAGCAUCAGAAUUAAGCAUUGCUGUCAAACAAUCAGUCAUGGAUGGGGAAGGUUACGGUGCAGAGAUGAAUUCUUUUAUCGCACACAUUACUCGAGAACUUUCUCAUCUGAAUUGACCAAUU